AUGCUGGGCGCCGUCGUCCGUGUCCCGGGCCGGAUCCUGCUGCCUCUCCUGCCCGGGCCGACGCGCCCUCUCCGCCGCCGCCGCCGCCACUGCCUCCAGCCCGAGACGCCCAUGGCCUCGGCCACCCCUCGCGACGGCGGCACCGCGAAGCCCGACGCCGCGCCCGCUCCCGCUCCCGCUCCAGCGCCCGCGCCAACGCCGCUGCCGCUGCCGCCCGAGAAGCCUCUCCCAGGCGACUGCUGCGGCAGCGGCUGCGUCCGCUGCGUCUGGGACAUAUAUUUCGACGAGCUCGACGCGUACGACAAGGCCCUCGCCGCCCACGCGGCCUCCUCAGGCUCCGGCGGCAAGGACGACUCCGCCGAUACCAAGCCCAGCGACGGCGCCAAGUCCUGA